AUGCAGCUCGGACCGAGCGCCAUCCCCGCGGUCUGUACAUUCAUUGCUUUCAUUCUGGGCAUGCUGUGCCUGUUUGCCGGUUCUCAGAAGGGCAUUCUGGACGGAUCAGCGGACAUUUUGACUAUCGGACAGGCCAGCUCCUAUGGUGCUGUCAGUAGCUACGGCGCCAGUGAUCCUGCCCCGGAGCUGGGAAUCUAUGACUUUUAUGCGAUUCACGUCAUGUCGUAUUGCGAAGGAUAUUUCAAGAUCAGUGACACGGGUGCCGCAAUACGCAACGUGACCGGCUGUUCGAAUCGCACUGUACUCUUCAACUUCGACCCGACAGACGUGCUCUCCGGGGAGCUGAACGACGGCGUGAACCUGUCUGACAUCAAUUGGUCCGACGCCAUCGAUGAUGACUUCGAAGUGCUGUCCACGACCACCAAGGCGAUGGCGAUUCUGUACUGCAUUGGAACCGGGGCGACAGGAUUGGCCGUCGUGGCAGGGGCAUGGCUAGUCUUCACCGGAGGACGGACUCAGGCGAUCGCAGAGCUUCUCUUGUCGAUGCUUGGGUUCAUCGCUCUCGGGACCUCGUCGGCCAUCGCGACGGUCAUGGCCAUGAAGUUCGUCGACCUCAUCAACCGACACGGGAAAGCUAUUGACGUCUCGGCCACGCGGGGGGACAAGUUCCUCGGUAUGACGUGGGCAGCUGUUGGACUCCUGUUAGUAGCCAUCCUUAGCAGCCUCCUGAUGGUGCUGGGAGGCAGACCGGCUGCUGCUCCACCGCCAGCAGAUGAACCAGCCAAGGAGCCGGCGGAGGAGUGA